CCGGAAGUUGCUUUUGUUCCUGUUUACAUUCGGAGAGCCGCUAUCCUAUAAAUCAUCGCUUGCAGCGUUGUCAAAAUAAUGUGUGUCCAUUGAUAAUAUUUGUAUAUUUUUGUUGCUUUCAGUUGCAUUUUCUCCGUGUAGUUUUUCGGGGACAUGGCCUUUGCUCGUUGGUGCUGUCUUGGGGUUACGAUACCGCUGCUCUUGUUUCGGUGGCCGGGACUGCUGGUCGUGGCGGAACAGGUCGCUUUGGUAGAGGUUUUUCUUCAGCAGCGGCCCGGCGUCAGCGCCUUGCUCCAGGGGGAGGUUGUGGAGUCUAGCAGCAGCAGUAGGAGCCCUGAACCACGGGACGAAGAACCAAAAGAACUGGAGGGGAACCUGGUGUUGGUUCGAGAUGAGGAGACUGGAAUAACCGGAGGAGAAGGUGAGGCCGACACUGAGAAGCAGGAGCCAUGGAUCGGAGUGGUGCCUGUGGAAAUGGACGACAGUAAAGCCUCCACUGGGAACCAGGAGUCAUUCGCUGAUGCAGUAGUCAAUAAAAUGAAGAGAGCGUUAGUCCUUGGAGCCUCAGCACUGAUCAUCUUGGCUCUCAACCAAAACACUGUCAGUGAGAUGGAUUUGUCCCAAGUGCUGUCGAAACCUAUUAUUGUGAUCCAAACAUCGGAGAAUGUCACCAAACUGAUUGGAGCUCUGCUCAGGGGUCUUCGUGCAACAGCAAAAAUCACAUAUGAGACGAUCCUGCAGGAUAACCUGGGAGCCACCCUCACGCUGUGGUCCACCUGCGGUCGAUCGAGAGGGGGUCUCUACGGAGAGUGGCAGGGGGUCAUCUGCACUGGAGAAACCAACUCCCAGGUCCAGAAGUACCUGCAGCAGCUGUGGGACACCGUCCUCCUGGUGGCGCUGAUCCUCUGCACAGGAGUCAUCGUUCAGGCUCGCUGGCAGUACCAGGACCACCAGCUCAACGACGACUUAGAGCUCCUUCCUAAACAGGACGUCCUGAAGAGGAUGUCGUCUCUGAAGACCAAGACGUAUCGUCAGCCCAAACCCUGGUGUGACCCAUCGCAGACGAUAGAGACGGACAACUGCGCCGUCUGCCUGGAGCCGUUCAACAACAACCAGUGUUUGCGUGUGCUGCCGUGUCUUCAUGAGUACCACAGAGACUGUGUGGACCCCUGGCUGUUGCUGCAGCACACUUGUCCUCUGUGCAAACGCAGCAUCCUCAGCAGCGUCCGUAAAGACAGCUAACGGUUGUUUCACCUCCGGCGCAGCAGCAGCUCUGAGAAUCACCUCGACUUUGUUGACCCUCCAACAGCCUUUUGUUUGUUUAUAAAACUGACCUCACCUCAGCACUUCCUCCUUCCAGCAGUGGUUUGUGGGAGCAAAUUAAACCUCCCGAUGGGUCACAGACACACAGCGGUUGUAGAGAAACGGCACUUUGAAGUACGAUCAGGGUACUGUUGUGAACACUUCUUCCUGGGAACCUGUUACUUAAAUCUGGAGGUAAUUAUAUGUGUGAUCUACAGAGGAGAAAAUGUGAGUUGGAAAAACUGCGAACCUCUGCUAGUUUGUGCUUAGACAUUCGUUGCUUUCUGCUUUAAGCUCAGACAUACUUUCUCAUCUGGCCGUUGUUGGUGUUUAGGUCCAAAUGAUAACAAGGAGGGUGGACUGUCUGAAGGUCUGGAGACCAGUAGCUUAGUUUGUUGUUUUUGUUUGUUCCUUAAGAUUGAACUGCAAAGAGCAGGAAACAUGACCCAUGAAAGCACUUGAGAUUUGUUACAGAAGCUAAUUUAGUCAGUUUGUCUGUUUUAAACAGUUUAUGACAAAGAUGUGAAAGUGGUGGAUUGGUGACCAUUUUGGAGCUUGGAGCUCAAAUGACUCGUCUCCCUGUUUUUCUUCUUCUUCUUUUAAGCUUUUGUAUAGCUUAAGGGCCAUUUAUGCACCCCUCGUGAACAUAGAUAGGUACGUCACUGCCCUCAUACUUUCAUGUGUCCCUGGUUGUUAUCUAAUACAUCCACUAGAGGGCAGGACAGAGUUCAUAGUUCAGCUCUGAGUUCUGACAUCAGUUUAUGACAACAGCAAACAUGGCGGCGGUGGAGGAGACCACAGUAAAUUCUGAGAAGUGGAUGUAUAAAGAGGCAGCGCAGCAGACAGCGGUGGUCUGUGCAGCCAUUAAUUAAAGUUCAGCAGCUUUUUCUUCGUUCCUUUCAUGGUUGAUUUUAUCAGCUACGCUGCUCAACACUGCCCCCAGUUUCCGGUGCCACGCGGAGACCAGUUUCCCCAUCGAGCACCAUUCCCCUUUCAGCUCCUCAAUCCAUCAGGACGUGUUCUCCCUGCUAUGACCAACUACUUAGGACCCACAGGGCUGAAAAUUUCAGGAUUUGUUAAAACGUAACAAUAGAGUUUUUGUGCAUUACAGUAUUUUUUACUGUUAGUUAGUCCUUAGUUAGUUAGUCUGUUAGUCCAUUUUUUCCAGAAUGCACUUCUUUCCCGUUUGGAUGGGACGAGGCUUCACCGGAGCUGGAGGGGGAACAGAUCUCACUGGGAAAACUGGCCUUGAAACAAGACCGGUGGUACAGCGCCGUUUGCUCAGGGCACGCAUCCCGAAGGGGCCUGAAAACGACCAAAUUAUGCUCGUAAAUGACGCAAAUGGCGGACUAAAUGCUCCGUAUCCUCUUUUGUGUAGGACAGAAAUGGCCCUUUUAAACGUAUAAUAAAAAAUUAUGCAACAAGUAGAAAAAAGACAAAGUGUUACCAAGAUGUCUGAAGCGGAUCUGCUUCCUCAAAACUACAAAGACCCGUAGUUGUUUAGUGUCCACUUUGAGGACCAUGUAUCAGCAGAUUAUCAGUUACAGGAAGAGAUAUUCCUACAUUCAUGAAUCAAAUAUGUGGCACCAGGCUUGAACAUCCAAUCAGACUGAGUUUGAGUCAAGACUAUUGACAGAUGCACUAUAUUGCCAAAAGUAUUGAGACGUCUGCUCCAUGAUUUUUAAUGACAUCCCAGUUUUAAUCCGUAGGGUUUCAUAAGGAGCUGACCCACACUUUCUAGCUACAACAGCCUAACCUCUUCUAGUUAGGCUUUCUACAAGAUUUAGUAGUGUUUGUGGGAAUUUUGGACCAUUGUGACAUGAGGCUUGUGGUCCACUCUAUUCAUACCAGGAGUCCACAGGCCAGUCAAGCUCCAUCUACCAAGCUUGCUCAUCCAUGUCUUUAUGCACUUAGCUUUACACACAAUAUGAAGUUUGGUUGUGGACACAGAAUCUUAGCCCUUUGCCUGUGAUUGGUUAAGGACUAGAGAAGUCUGGUGGGUUGAGUAGUCAUGUAAAAUGUGACACAAAGGUUUUGUAUUUGUAAAACUGACUUUCAGUCUUGCAGAAUUAUCCCAUAUUUCCAGAUUUGAUUUAUACUUGUUAGUUUCAAAUAUGGGGAUAGGAGUUACAAAACCUAUGUCCCUAUCCUAGCUCCAUAGAUUAACUGGGUGCACACAAACAUCACUUGUAGUGUACUUAAUACUGAUAUAUAAGAGAAACCACUGGCUAGAUGCUAACAGGGGUGACCCAUCUCUAGUAAGCCUUAGAGAUGCUAGAAGGCUAAUACAAUUUACAAGUUUACCCUCCUGCUUUUUCUUCGUUUGCAAAGCCAAACUCACACGUCUGCUUUAACUUGAUGCUUUGAUAUCCGGAGCUGCAAUGGCAUCCAUGUUUUCACUGAACUCUGAGCAGGAGGGUAAUGUCUGGCACAUACGUUUUUUUUUUUGUUUUGUUUUUUUACUUACCAAGGCUGGAUAAAAGGAUCAAACUGUGCUGCAGUACUCUGACG